AUGAACGGAUCCACGGCGCCGGUCUCUCGGCCAAAGCGCAAGACCUCCUAUACAGUCGACCAGGACAGACCACCCAAGCUGCCACGGUCUGCCAACGGCAGCGGGUCGACUGCUGCUUAUGCUGGCGUGCCUGUAUCAAACGUUGCCGAAGACGAGCCCAUGAUUGAUGGAGGCUUUGAGGGCGACGUUGACGGAGUGAAUGAGGCCGGUAGCUGGGCUACCGACGAGGAUGGCUACCGGGAUGACGACAGCACAGCCGCGGCCGAUGCUGCCGAAGAUGGUGCUGACAGCAACCCCAGCAGCAACGAGAACAACAUCAGCAGCAACGGCCGCCACCGCCGCCACAGCAAGGUCACGCUCCAAAAACAGCUCUCGGCCUCGGUGCCACCGGCUGUCCUGUUAGCACCGGGCAGCGCCGAGACGGCCGAGUGGCAGGAGACGAUCCAGCGUGUCGUGCGCAACGUCGUGUCCAUCCGCUUCUGCCAGACCUGCUCCUUCGACACGGACCCGGCGCUGACGAGCGAGGCCACGGGCUUUGUUGUUGACGCCGAGCGCGGCUACAUCCUGACCAACCGCCACGUCGUCGGCUCCGGCCCGUUCUGGGGUUACUGCAUAUUCGACAACCACGAGGAGGUCGACGCCUAUCCCGUGUAUCGCGACCCCGUCCACGACUUUGGCAUCCUCAAGUUCGACCCGUCUGCCAUCAAGUACAUGCCCAUCGAGUCCCUGCCGCUCAGCCCCGACCUGGCCAAGGUCGGUGUGGAGAUCCGCGUGGUGGGUAACGACGCUGGCGAGAAGCUGAGCAUCCUGUCGGGUGUCAUCAGCCGGCUGGACCGCAACGCGCCCGAAUACGGCGAGGGCUACAGCGACUUCAACACAAGCUACUACCAAGCCAGUGCGGCUGCGAGCGGCGGGAGCUCUGGCAGUCCCGUGGUCAACAUUGACGGCAAGGCGGUGGCCUUGCAGGCAGGCGGCCGUGCCGAUGGUGCGUCGACCGACUACUUUUUGCCUCUCGACCGCCCGCUGCGCGCCCUACGCUGCCUGCAAGAGGGCAAGCCCAUUACGCGCGGUGAUAUCCAGUGCCAGUUUUUGCUCAAGCCUUUUGACGAGUGCCGGCGUCUCGGCCUGACCCCGUCCUGCGAAGCCCAGAUGCGCGCCGCCUUCCCCUCGGAGACGAACAUGCUGGUUGCCGAGAUUGUCCUUCCCCAGGGCCCCUCGGCCGGCAAGAUCGAGGAGGGCGACGUGCUGGUCAAGGUCAACGACGAGCUGUUGACCCAGUUCAUCCGCCUCGACGACAUUCUGGACUCGAGCGUGGGCCAGAACGUCAAGCUGGAGCUGCAGCGCGGCGGCGAGACGGUCAUUGUCAACGUCCCCGUCGGCGAUCUGCACAGCAUCACCCCCGACCGUUUUGUCUCUGUGGCGGGCGCGAGCUUCCACAAUCUCUCCUACCAGCAAGCGCGUCUCUUCGGCGUCGCCUGCAAGGGCGUCUACGUCUGUGAGGCGUCUGGCUCCUUCCGCUUCGACACCUCCGACAGCGGGUUGAUGGUGCAGUCGAUCGACAACAAGGCGACGCCGGAUCUGGAGACGUUUAUUCAGGUCGUCCAGAAGAUCCCCGACAAGUCCCGCGUCGUGGUCAUGUACCAGCACCUGCGCGACCUCCACAGCGUGCACAACGCUAUUAUCUACGUGGACCGCCACUGGUCGUCCAAGAUGCGUCUGGCCGUGCGCAACGACGUGUCCGGCCUGUGGGACUUUACCGACAUUGGCGACCCGCUCCCGGCCCUCCCGCCUGUGCCGCGGAAAGCGUCCUUUAUUCAGAUGGGGCACAUGCCGCACUCUGGCGUGGCCGAUCUGGUCCGCAGCUUUGUUCAAGUGACCUGCUACAUGCCGCUGAAGCUGGACGGUUUCCCCAAGAACCGCAGGGGCGGCAUGGGCCUCGUUAUUGACGCCGAGAAAGGCCUUGUUGUCAUCUCGCGCGCGAUUGUGCCCUACGACCUGUGCGACAUCACCAUUACGAUUGCCGAGUCUAUCGACGUCGAGGGCAAGGUUGUGUUCUUGCACCCGCUGCAGAACUACGCCAUCAUCCAGUACGACCCUUCGCUUGUGGACGCGCCUGUUAUGAGCGCGCGUCUGAGCACCGAGGAGCUGUUGCAGGGCGCGCCCACCAAUUUUAUCGGCUACAACCGAAUUAACCGGGUAGUCCAUGCGGCCACCACUGUCACCGAGGUGUCCGCCGUGAACAUCCCUGCCAACCCUGGCGCACCGCGCUACCGUGCCAUCAACGUGGACGCCAUCACCGUGGAUACGAACCUGAGCGGCCAGUGCGGCAGCGCCGUGCUUGCGUCGGACGACGGCACCGUGCGCGCGCUCUGGCUGACGUACCUGGGCGAGCGCUCACCGUCGACGCAUCGCGACGAGGAGUACCACCUGGGUCUGGCCACGCCGACCCUGCUGCCCGUGAUCGAGCAGAUCCAGCGCGGCGUCGUGCCCAAGCUGCGCAUGCUUCCCGUCGAGUUCCGUGCCAUCCAGAUGCUGCAGGCGCGCCUGAUGGGUGUGUCCGAAGAAUGGAUCCAGAAGGUGUCGGCCGCCAACACGGCGCGGCAUCAGCUGUUCAUGGUGACCAAGCGCACCUUUGAGCGCACCUUUGACAAGGGCCAGAACGGGUCCAUUGGCCUGAAGGAGGGCGACAUUCUGCUGACGCUCAACGGCCGCCUGAUUACCCGUAUCUCGGAGCUCGACAUUAUGUACAACCACGAGGUGCUCGACGCCACGAUUGUGCGUGGCUGCCAGGAGAUCAAGCUCGACCUCCUGACCGUCGCCGCGGACGACCACGAGACCGACCGCGCCGUGUCGUUUUGCGGCGCCGUCCUGCACCGCCCGCACCAUGCCGUGCGCCAGCAGAUCAGCAAGCUGUUUAGUGAGGUGUACGUGUCGGCGCGUACGCGCGGCUCGCCGUCGUACCAGUACGGCCUGGCGCCCACCAACUUUAUCACGCACGUCAACGGCAAGCCGACGCCCGACCUGGACGCCUUUUUGGCGGCCGUCAAGCAGAUUCCGGACAAUACUUACUUCCGCCUCAAGGCUAUGACCUUUGACAGCGUGCCGUGGGUGGCCACCAUGAAGAAAAACGAACACUACUUCCCUACCGUCGAGUGGAUCAAGGAUAAGAGGGAGCCCUGCGGCUGGCACCGCGUCACGUACGAGGGCGGCGGCAAGGUCGUCGACGGCGAGCCUGCCGAGGGUGUCCUUGUGCCGGCUGUCGAGGACAACGGCGACAUUGGGGUGGCCGCGCCGGCCGAAUAA